AUGUCUGUUGCAGCUGUGUCUUCUCUGGGCCCACAUUCCAACGGGACAGGCCCACUUCACCCUCAUCACCUGUGCACAUCCAGGAAGCCCAGCGCUGUGGGACCAGGAGGAGGAGGUCUGGCUUCUGCUCACCUCAGCGGGAGACAUGGACCAGAGGAUGAGCAGCACCGGGUCCCUGCGUGUGCAAUCCCCAUUAUAACGCGUCCUCGUCCGUGUGCCGAGUCCGCAGAGUCCCCGGUGUCCGCUCGCCCCCGGUGGUCCCGGUUCUGUGCCCUGCCCACUUGUUCCCGUCUGAAGAUCUGGCAACCUUGCAGCUCAACACCGGAACUGGUCAAAGCCGAACCCUUCGUUACACUGCAACGCCUGGCUGAUCUGCGCAUGCGUGAUCGCUACAGUAUGUACAACCUUGCUCUGCUCCAAGGCCCGCACUGGCUCAAUGACCAGGUCAUCGGGUUUGCCUUUGAGUACUUUUCCGCCGAGCGCUUCAGGGACUUGAAAGAGCGCGUGGUUUUGGUGAGCCCCGAGGUGACGCAGUUCAUCAAAUGUGCCUCGUGUGCGGAGGAGCUGGCCCUGUUCUUGGAGCCGCUGGAUCUUCCCUCCAGGACAUGGCUCUUCCUCCCCGUCAACGAUAACUCCAACCAGACCGCCGGAGGGACACACUGGAGCCUGCUGGUCUACCACCGGGCCUCCAACCUGUUCUCCCACUACGACUCGCAGCGCGGCAGUAACUCGCCGCACGCCCGCCGCAUCGCGCACCAGCUGGAGGCGUUCGUGGGCUGCGGCGGGGAGAGUGUCUUCGCGGAGGAGCAGUGUCCGUCGCAGCAGAACAGCUACGACUGCGGCAUGUACGUGGUGUGUGUGUGCGAGGCUCUGUGUGAGGCCGCCAGGGGGGAGCACAGCCCACGCCGCGCCCGCCUCACCCACCUCACCCCCGCGCACAUCACAGAGAAGAGGGCCGAGUGGUGCAGGAUCGUCCACAGCCUCGCCUUCCACUGA